GCGAACAGGCGUGACUAUAUAUAUAGGUAUAUAUGGUGAGACGACCUACAAGCGCUCGCUCUAAGCCCAUGUGUUCACAAUUCCUGUGGCAUGGAUACAUAUAUAUGCUGACUAUAGCGGUAUCUGCAGCACCGCGAAGCAUGCCCUUGGAACAGGGACGACCACUCGGACUACGCUUCCACUCUUGCUUGACCGCGCCUUAGCACAUCUGUCCAGCGCCCAUUCCCUUCGAGCGUACAGUCCAUUGUGAUCAGCGCUCUUGCUCACAGGUCACAACAGGAAAACCUUCAGCGUGGCUCUCACCUUGGCCCGGCAAGA